AUGGCGAGCUCGUCUAAGAAGAGUAAUAUCGAUUAUUCCGCUUCCUCGCCUCUUACCUUAUCCAUGGAAUCAUCCAUCUUAAGACAGCAAUCGCUAUCCGAUGAAGAUCAGUUCAAUCAGUCUGCUUCAUCGUUGAUAACCAACGAUAAGACAAGGCAAUCGUUGGAGUCGUUAUUACUCAUGAUUCCGAAAGUCUCCACCGGUCAAUUAUCCCAUCAAAAAAUGAUUGAUGGCAUCUUUAGCCUUUCAAUGGCUCCAAUGGAUGAUAUCAACGACGAGUCGAUAUUCUCCAUUCACAUGGAUACUCGUCCUCACAAGCAAGAUCAAGUGGUUAUAAAUUUCAUUGUGGAACCAUGUACACUAGAUAGUCAACUACAGUAG